AGCCCAGCUGGGCUGGGGGCUGCCCUAAAGGCGGCGAUGGGAGCUCCGUGCCGCUGGGCUGGGGCUGCCCCUGCCGGGGGGUGGGUGCGGCUGCCGGCACCGACCGCUGCCCGCUGGGAGGGAGCUGCAGGCUGACCGCCCGCCUGUGCUCUGCUGGGUGCCGUGGUUUCCUCGUGGCUUUGGAGGUGGCUGCGUGCAAUCGGCCUUUCGUUCACUUUCUCCUUAGUUCCUCGGGGCUUUUUUAGCAUCCGAAGUUCUGUUCAUUCCAAGUCGUGCUUGACGCGGUGCUUUGUUCUCUUGCAAUGUCUGAGGAUUGCUCUGUAGGAAGGAUGCGAAGCGCUGCAGCCCUUAACGGUGCUCCUGACUUACCCGCUGCCGUCUGGUCCUGGCGGUCACAUCCUGCCGUUUCCCAGUAGCACAGGGUUAUGUUUCAGCGAUGAAUUACAGCCAUAAAUGUGCACUUUGCUAUAUAACCCCCCAGCGCGGCAGUAAGAUAUAUAACCGAUUUGCUUAAAACAUGCAAAUAAUCCCCUGGCCGGUAAGCCGCAACUACUUGAGGCUGAUAACUCCAAUCCUGAAAUCAAAUACAAAAUCUUUGAAGCUUCCCAACCGUGCUGGACCUGUAGGAAAUGGAACAUUUCAUCUGCUGCUCAGCAAUGAGUGCGAGCACUGCGGGCACAUUCCAGGGCUCAGGGCUGUGGCCUCCGGCAUUCAGCGGUAUGUCCUUAUGCUAAACCAUUAACUGCUCCAAGCACUGUGGGCAGGAUGCAAUUCAGCUUCGGGUUCCUCAUCACUUUUUCAUCAGUAGAGCUUUCAUGGAUGCUCCCCAGUCUCCAGCGAAGUCGCAGCCUACUGAUGUCGAAUUGAAUUGUUUUAUUUCUCAUUUCUCGGGGUGUGAAUCGAACCUUUGGGCUCAGCCUGGGUGGAGGAGUGCUGUGUGGGAGUAUGUAUAUAUUUGCUCUGAGCACCUCAAAUAUAAGCUCCAGGGAGCCCCGCAUCUCCCACAGCAGUACUAAUUGUCUGCAGGAGGAAGCCACAGCCUAACCCUGUUGCAUCAGGGCAAUGGCUUUGCUCAGCCGUUUAGCAUUAUAGAGAACGUUAUAAACAUUUUAGAGUGCAUAUACAGCAUUAUAGAAAACAUUAAUUAUAUACAAUCCCACUAUUGUACCUCAAAAUCUGUUCAUUGUGAAUCUAUUGAUUUGACCUGGGGAAGCACGCAGCGAGUUUGUCAAAGGGAUUCAACAAUUUGCAGUGCAUCCAAGGGAUGCUGCAGAACAUUGAUGGAAGUGUGUGUGUAUGUGGAUAUAGACCCACCAGGGUUCUUCACUGCUCGUCUUUAAUAGGUUUUGCUGUAUCUGUGGCUAUUUCAGAGCAUAGCCCGGGUCCCAGCAGCUCAUGGUGGGAUGUGGAGCAUGAAGAACUGCUGCACAGCCAAAGCACCCUGCCCGGGGCUGUGGGCCCACGCAGACCCAGCCCCUUCCUCCAUCCCAAUGCCAGCAGAAGUCCCCUAAGUCAGAACCUGGGCCAGAAGUCGCCAGAGAAGCAACUGUCCUGUGACGUGCUCCUCAAACUUGCCAGAUAUAUUUCAGCGGAUACCUUUGGACCUGGCUUGGCCUGGAACCUCUUUCGGUUGUACAACUGUGACCGAAACGCCAAGCUACCCAAAAUGUACUUCAGUCCCCUCAAGAUGGCGCGGCACAAGCUGAGGCCUUUCUUGCUGCACAGGAUGCUGCGGCUGCUGGGGAACGUGGGUGUGCUCACCGAGGGCCAGCAGCACAAGGUCUUCACUCUGCUCAAGGAGCACAUGCUGAAAGCAAGGAAGAUACCACCAAAGCCCAAAGCGGAGCACAGUGGUACCCAAGGUAUCUACCCUGAGGAACCGUGAAGAAUGGCUCCACCUACCUCCGCGUAUCUGGCUGAAAGCCUCGUUUUCUUUCUGUUUGUAGCCUCUUUUGUAAGCAUAGCAGAAGCAGCUGUGGCAUGUCCUGACAAGGAUCCUGAGCUAGAAAUAUGGAACCCAGGUCACAACCAAGGAAACCACAUCGAAAUCCGCAAUGGCAGGAAGCUCCUUCUCUCAUCUUCAGCGACCGUCCACUCAAUCCACAUCAUGGAUGGAGGAAAACUGAUCAUUAAAGACGACGUGCAGCCUAUCAUUUUGCGUACUAGAUAUAUACUCAUUGAAAAUGAUGGAGAGCUACGGAUCGGCAGCGAGAUGUGCCCUUACCAAGGCAAUGUGGUUAUCAUCUUAUAUGGGAGAGCGGAUGACGGCAGUGAGGCCAAUCCCUACUUUGGGCGGAAGUAUAUUGGAGUGAGUGAGGGUGGCACUCUUGAGAUCCAUGGCAAGAAAAAGCUGUCCUGGACUUUCUUAAACAAGACUCUUCAUCCUGGUGGCAUGGAAGAAGGCGGAUAUUACUUUGAAAGGAGCUGGGGCCAUCGGGGUGUCAUUGUCCAUGUGAUUGACCCAAAGAUGGGGGCAGUUGUCCAUUCAGACCGGUUUGAUACCUACCGAGCAAAAGAGGAAAGCAAACGUCUUGCCCAGUAUUUGGACAGAGUUGCGAAUGGCAUGAUCCUGUCAGUAGCAGUGAACGAUGAGGGAUCUAGAAACUUGGACGACUCGGCCAGGAAAGCAAUGACCAAACUGGGCAGCAAGCAUUUCCUCCACCUUGGGUUUAGGCAUCCAUGGAGUUUUAUUACCGUUAAAGGAAAUCCCUCCUCUUCUGUUGAAGACCACAUUGAAUAUCACGGUCACAAAGGGUCAGCUGUGGCCAAAGUAUUCAAACUAUUCAAAGCUGAGAAUGGAGAACUCUUUAAUGUCUCUUCGACUAGUGAGUGGGUUCAAGAUGUAGAAUGGACAGAGUGGUUUGAGAAGCCCGAGAAAGCAAGAUCUAAAGACAUGGAGAAGCUUUCUGACUUCAAAGCUGCUCACCCUGAUAAAAUCUGUAGGCAGCCCAUUGACAUCCAGGCAGAGACCCUCGAUGGAACUAUUUUAACCACUGAGGUUUUCUACAAGAAUGGCCAAGACUAUCAGUUUCUGUGCCACGGCAAGGACCAGACAGGUGAAGGUUGCCGGAACUACAGAGUGCGGUUCCUGUGCGGCAGCUCCGUGAAACCAAAGCUUACGGUAACCAUUGACACCAACGUGAACAGCACAGUGCUGAAUCUGGUGGAUGAUGUGAGCUCAUGGGAGCCUGGAGACAGGAUUGUGGUUGCAAGCACUGACUACUCCAUGUACCAGGCGGAGGAGUUCCAAGUACUGCCAUGCCCAUCUUGCAGACCCACCCAGGUCAAGGUUGCAGGGAAAGCAGCAUACCUCCACGUUGGCGAAGUCAUUGAUGGCGUCGACAUGCGGGCAGAAGUGGGGCUGCUGAGCAGGAACGUUGUGAUCAUGGGCGAGAUGGAGGGGCAGUGCUACGAGUACAGCAGCAAGUUGUGCUCCUUCUUUGAUUUCGACACCUUUGGGGGACACAUCAAGAUCGGUCUUGAUUUUAAGGCUACCCAUCUUGAAGGUCUCGAACUGAAAUAUAUGGGCCAGCAGACAAUGGGGCAUUACCCAAUUCACUUCCACAUGGCUGGAGAUGUGGACGAGAAAGGAGGCUACAACCCUCCGACAUAUGUGAAGGAUGUCUCCAUCCACCACACCUUCUCCCGCUGUGUCACAAUCCACGGAUCCAAUGGUUUGCUGGUGAAGGAUGUUGUGGGUUAUGAUGCACUGGGCCAUUGUUUCUUUACGGAGGAUGGACCAGAAGAGCGCAAUACAUUUGAUCACUGCCUUGGACUGCUUGUUAAACCCAGCACUCUGCUCCCUUCUGACCGAGACAGCAGGAUGUGCAAGCUGAUCACAGAGGGUGCUUACCCAGGGUACAUCCCUAAACCCAGGCAAGACUGUAGCGCUGUAUCCACCUUUUGGAUAGCCAACCCGCACAACAACCUCAUAAACUGUGCAGCUGCGGGGUCUGAAGAAACAGGCUUUUGGUUUGUUCUGCACCACGUGCCAACGGGGCCCUCGGCAGGCAUGUAUUCCCCCGGCUACUCGGAGCACAUGCCGAUGGGGAGAUUUUCCAACAACCGCGCACAUUCCAACUACCGAGCUGGAAUGAUCAUCGAUAACGGCGUUAAAACCACUCCUGCCUCAGCCAAGGACAAAAGGCCCAUUCUGACACUGAUUUCUGGGAGAUACGGCCCACACAAAGACGCUGAUCCUUUGAAGCCCAGGGAACCUGCAAUAAUUGAGCGCUUUAUUGCCUACAAGAACCAGGAUCAUGGGGCCUGGCUGCGGGGCGGAGAUGUGUGGCUGGACAACUGCCAAUUUGCAGACAACGGCAUUGGGCUGACUCUGGCAAGUGGUGGGACCUUCCCUCACGAUGAUGGGUCAAAGCAAGAAAUCAAGAACAGCUUGUUUGUUGGUGAGAGUGGAAACCUGGGCACCGAGAUGAUGGACAAUGAGAUCUGGGGACCUGGCGGCCUGGAUCACAGAGGCAGGACCCUGCCCAUCAGCCCGAAUUUUCCCAUUCGAGGGAUUCAGUUCUACGAUGGCCCAAUCAAUGUCCAGAACUGCACCUUCCGCAAAUUUGCUGCCCUGGACGGCCGGCACACGAGUGCCUUGGCCUUCAGGCUCAACAACGCCUGGCAGAGCUGCCCCAACAACAACGUCACUGACAUUCAUUUUGAAGACGUCCCCAUUACCUCAAGGGUCUUCUUCGGAGAACCUGGGCCCUGGUUCAAUGACCUGGAUAUGGAUGGUGAUAAAACAUCUGUUUUUCAUGAUGUGGAUGGUUCUGUGUCUGAGUAUCCAGGCUCAUACCUGAUAAAAGAAGAUAACUGGUUAAUCAAACACCCAGACUGCAUCGAUGUGCCUGACUGGAGAGGUUCUAUCUGCAGUGGACACUAUGCGCAGAUAUACAUCCAAGCCUACAAGCCAGCCAACCUCAAAAUGAAAAUAAUAAAAAAUGACUACCACAAUCAUCCACUCUACUUGGAAGGGGCUUUGAGCAAAAGCACUCAUUACCAGCAAUAUCAGCCAGUUAUAACUCUGAGGAAAGGCUACACCAUUCACUGGGACAAGACAGCCCCUGAAGAGCUGACCAUAUGGCUCAUCAACUUCAACAAGAACGACUGGAUCCAAGUAGGGUUUUGUUAUCCUAAAGGGACGACAUUUUCCAUACUCUCAGACAUCCACAAUCGUCUCUUGAAGAAAACGAUCAAAACUGGAACCUUCUAUAGAGUAUCUCAAAUGGAGAAACUGGAGUACAGAUAUCCUAGCAAAGGAUACUACUACUGGGAUGAGGACACUGGGCUGCUGUUUCUGAAACUUAAAGCUCAAAAUGAGAAGGAGAAAUUUGCUUUCUGCUCCGUCAAAGGCUGUGAACGAAUUAGGAUCAAAGCUAUGAUUCCAAAGACUGCUGGUGUCAGUGACUGUCAAGCCACGGCUUAUCCCAAGUACAUCGAGACACCCGUAGUAGAAGUGCCAAUGCCUAAGAAGCUAUCUAGUGUGCAGCUGAAAACGAAGGAUCACCUACUAGAAGUGAAGAUAGAAACUUAUAAGAAACAAUACUUCCACCUGAAGGAUGACUAUGCAUACAUCGAGGUUGAUGGCAUACGGUAUUUCCUCACCGAAGAGGGUAUUCAGCUGAUAGUGAUCGAUGGACAUCACGGGAAAGUAGUUGAUCGAGUAACGUUCAAAAACUCAAUUCUACAAGGAAUCCCAGCGCAGAUAGAAAACUAUGUCAACAACAUCAAAAAUCACUCUAUAGUGCUGGUGACAUCUAAAGGAAGAUUCAUUUCAAGAGGACCAUGGACUAAAGUACUGGAGAAACUCGGAGCAGAAAAAGGUUUUAGUUUAAAAGAAAAAAUGGCUUUUGUUGGGUUCAAAGGCAGCUUCCGUCCCGUCUGGGUGAAGCUGGUCACUAAUGAGGACUCAGCUAAAAUCUACCAAGCACUUCCAAUUCCUGUGGUGAAGAAAAUGAAGUUAUGAGGACACAAAGCUUUGCCUUCUGGCUGCCCGCACUGCCCCACUGGGAUGGACUACUGACUGUUUGUGACAGGCACAUUACAGUGUGCUCCAGAAGUGUAGCAUUUUGUUGUUGUUGUUGUUCAAAAAAGAAAUCUUACUGUAAGUAGCUAAAGUGGCCACAUGUGAUGGAAACGCAUUCCUCUGUGAUCAGCGCGUGUUCUGUGAUUGUCGGCACUUCGCCAGUUGAUUUCCAUUGAUGUUGACGCUCGUGUCACUGAGCAAGGUUUGACCUGAUUUGCAAGCUGCUGGUUUUAUGGUUUUUUCAACAUGCCUACGGCAUGUUGUCUCUGGAAAGGUGAGCUCUAGGGCUAAAGGCCACUGAGGAUUGUUGUUUGUACCAGCCUAACUUGUCUAAACGCUUUUCUUUCCCCCUGGAGUAACCAGCCAAGUCAAAGCCUGGAUGAAAAUCUAAGGUAGAAAGUGUGGAUUUGAACGACUACUUAGAUGCUAGGAAAUAUAACUGGACAACAAGACUACCUUACAUUUUCUGUGACAACUGAUCAAGCUCUUUGGGAUCUGUGUUGUACAUACAUUGGGGAAGAGAGGGGAGAGGAGCGAAGCAAGCAUACAGGAAGAGACUGAUGCGAGCACAACUUUCUGCUUGCUCAGAAAACUGUGGUUCUCUUGCAGCUUCAGGUCUUUUAAUGGUGGUUUCUCAAAUGGGAGGUUUUCCUUCAACAAGCAGCCGUAGUCUAGAAGGAAAGACCUGUCAAUCAGCACCAGCACUUCCAGCCCUUUGUCCGACCAUGUAUAAAUUCAGGGCCAAUCUAGAAGGUGUAUGGUAGACAGACAAAAAAGGCAUCCUGUUCAAGAUUUCCAGUUCUCAGCUGGGAAUACCGAGACUUGAAUUUCUCAGCCACAGAUGGGUUGAGCAGCACUUAGCUUUCCAGAUCAGGUCAGUCUGUUGGGUAUUGCUUUCCAGCCAAUUCCUUGGCCUUUGGGUCAUGAGUAUCUUGACCUGCUGGAAUUGUUAUGUGAAAUGUGAGUGGAAGGUGGCAGAGGUAGAAGUCUCUGAGGUCUUACCAGAUAGCUGAAGAAUUAGAUUGGGAAUCCCCAUAUGCUGGUUGGACGUUGUGUGCCUGCUUCCCCCUUCCUUCAGAGCAUUAGGCUGGUAAUGAAGGCCUAUCAGUGAGUCAGGACUCCUGCACAGACACCUCCCGAAGAUGGGAAAUUAAGCAUUGUCUCGUAAAAUAUUUUAAGCACUUCCAAUGUUCAGUGAUGUUUCUGUUUGUUGCUCAGAAAUGCCAUGAAGGCAUAGGCAGAGGCUGUGGCUGUUAUAAGGAGGUUUAAGAGAGAGGUUUUAAAAGUAAAUAUGAAAGUUAAUUUUACCAAUAUCCGGGUUUGUUUCCCCUCUUUGUCUCUCCCUGCCCACGUUACUACAGAAAUUAUUCCGACUGCUGAUAAUUACUCCAUUAAUUAUUAUUCAAUUAAUUGGAUCUCCAGCACCUAAAUUGCUUUUUUUUCCCCCACAGUAUCCAAAAUGCUGUCUUUUAGCUGGAACGAAAGAGCAGCGAUGCUGCAGGUCACCCCACAACUGGGCUGACGCUUAACUCUGUCAGCCCUAUCCCUACUUUUUAGAUCAAUAUCUCUGAAAGGAAGUCAGAUAGCACUGUGGGCUAUAUUUCCUUCCAGCCUCUCCUGGGUUUUGAAACUGGAAAUGUUCUUUUCAAUCUUACAUCUGAGCUUUCCCCUUUCCCUCCCUUGCUUCUCAGCAAGAGCCUGUUAAUGAAACAGCAGCGCAGUCAUUUUUGGGUUUGAGGCAUUUGCGCUGUUUCCGGAAUGAAUGAGCAAGUUAGUUAGAUGGUGGUGUUGGCUGUUUUUUCCCCAGUGUCUUACAAUGGUCUGGGGAAUCUCACCCUCAAAGCACAAACUCUUCUUUGAAAAGGUCCCUUUAUAGUUCAGCCAUGGUGAGCCAAACAUCGCUUACCUGAUGUUCUCUGAUAAGAGUCUCUGAUAGAAACAGAGUCAGAUCCCCUGAAGUCGAGAAAUACACUGAAAAAGAAUCACUGAAUGUGUCAGGCAGGUUUAUCUACACAUCUUUGUUCCUAUAAUUGCACCUGUACCAGUGGAGUGCACGUGCUUCCACGAGAUGGACCAAAGCGUGAGCGUUUCUUUCAUGAGCACUUGACACGGGCAGGAAAGCGAGGUUCAGAAUGUACUUGGUUUGGGAUCUGGUUUUCCACACCCCACUCUGUGAAGCACUGCUUCCCUGGCUGGCUGGAGACUCCCUCUCUGUACGUGUGCAGAUGCCCAAAGGACCGUGCCCUAGGCUGGUUUCCUCAGCUACUACGAGAGCAGUACAUUUGUGCUAGAGUUGUAGCUUCUGAUUUUACAAUUUUUGGAAUUCUCAGGGUGAAAUCACAAGACUUGGCUCUAGGAAAACUUCUUUCUAAGAAAAUCUUGUCUUAUUAAGAGACGAACACUUGUAAGAAGUAGCUCAAUCUGUCACGCAAAGCUUGUCAUGUGGGGCCCGUUUGGAGCUAGGGCUGGGUCUCAUGCUGUGAAUACUUAGGACAGGAUCACUGCAGUCUGUAAGCCUGAGGGAUAAUGGAGCAUCAUAGCAGUGUACCGGGGCAGACACUCCUGUGAAAUGCAAAGGGCUCCCACUGACGCGAAUCGGAUGAAGUCAGUGGGUUACUCUGAAGUCACAGCUUAGCCUGAUGCCAUCACUGGUCAGCAAUAGUUUUGUGCCAUAUGAUUCCUUUUUAAUCUUCGACUGUUGUAGAAAUUGCACGUGAACAUUUUGACUAGUGAAUUAACUGGCUGCUUGUACUUUGUACGUCCUUUUAACAGACCCCCUCACCGGCUGCCAUGAUCCUCUUUAUAAGGUUUUAUUACUGCAGAUGUUCCCAUCUCUGCCUACCCAGUUGCCAUUGUCAGAGUGAUUUUUUUGAUUGGGUUUUUGUUCGUUCAGAUGUUUGUUUGUUUGGAUGUCUGGGUUUUUUUUGUUUUAGCAUUCUGUUCAAAUGCUUGUUUUACCUGUCGCCGAAAUAGCUGGUCCUUUUUCGGGUUAGAUGUAUAGUGUUUUGUACAUUUUCUUAGAGACUUUCCAAUGAAAAAGAUCUAUUUUCUAUUUAUUUAUUACAAUGGCACUAAGACAACUAAAUUGCAGACAUAAGAAGCACCCUUACUGGAGUUUAGCAUUGGCUAGGUUGUUAAGGAGGUCAGCAGUAUGGCUUUUCUGAUAAUCUGCUUUGCACUUGAAAGCUCUCUAUGUCCGCAGAAUGUGGUAAUGCAUUGACUGUCUGUUUUGUGGUGACAAGAGCUGUCGGGACAUUUGUUCCAAAAGACUGUGGCUUACAACUGAAAUAACAUGUAGUUAUUUGGAGUACACAACAUUUAUCAAAAUAAAUAUUCAAUGCAAGUUUCUCAUUUUACUUUGUUGUCUUGCCUCUUCAGUGUACAUCUAUAAUGAUGAGCUGGCAUUUACUGGAAGAGCACCUUCUGCAGCCAGCUGCAUUCAGACCAUUGCACCCAGGGUCUCAGCUGUGCUCAUAGCAGCUUGCUUUCCUAAGGAGAUAAUGCAGUGUCGCUAGGUCUGAAGUAGAGACCAGCCCAGGACUUGUUACAUCAUCUGAGAGAGAGAAAUACACUGCCCCUUGGUUACAGCCAAAGACAAAACCAAAUGACUUCAGUUUGCCACGUGAGGGCUUAGGGAGGUCCUGGUGUCCUCUCAGCCCCAUAUUUCCCCCUUGUGUUUCUGGCACCCCCGUUGUUGCUGGAGGACAGGUGAUACUGCAGGGUAUGAAGGGCACCGAGAGGAACCUGGCUGCAGUGGCAGCAGAGUUGUCACACCACAAGGCAAUGAGGAGGCUGCUGGUAGAAAGCAGCAGUAGAACAAGAGCAGCUGAGUCACUGCAUAUUUCCAUGGGGGUGGGUGAUAUACAAUACAGAUAGAAAGGUGUGUUUGCAUAUCAAGGUGUGUAUAUGCGUGUGCGUAUAAAAGCUAUGUGUGCAUGUCUGUCUCAAUAUAGGUGCGUAUGAAUAAGCUAUGCAUGUCAGAAUGUACAUAAAUGUGUUUUUAUACAGCAUAUGUGUGUGUACAUGUGUAUAUGAGAUAGGCAUACAUGUCUGGGUGAGCAGUAACAUCUGGGUACAGACGGUAACACAGCUGAGCCUAUCUAAGAUGAAGUCAUGCAGCAGUCACGUGAGAAAAGAUGCAUGGGACUGCGCAGUAAUCCUUGAUCUGAGAUGGUGAUGAGACAUAGCAAUGUGGCAGGGGGAGAAAAGAUCGGAAUGAAGAGGGAGAGACAUAGCUUGCCUGCAGUUAGGGAAUUGUAGCAGAAAAGCUAAGCCACUGCUUGGAACAGUGAUUGAGCACAUGAGGAGAAGACAGGGGACCUCACAUGCACGCAGUGAAAAGAAACUCAGUGACUGGAAGGGCAGGAUGCACACACAUGCCACCUGUGUUGGGCCCCCCCAUCCUCAUGAGCAGUCUGGCUGCAACCCCAUCCUCCUCUGAAUUCGGUUUAAGGCUCUCUGAAUGAGCCUUAAUGUUCCAGAAUCCAACAGCAAAAUCUGUAUGAAUCAAAGAUUAUAGCACCAGUGAAACAUCCAUGUAUAAAAGCAGAGGCAGCUCCACAGUUCUUUGUAUUGCUGCUAUGUGCAUGCCCUGCAAUCAAGGACAACUGUGAAAAAGGUAAACACUCGUUAAAAAUAAAAUUUAAAUGAAUUAGAAAGGCUAAGGUAACAGUGGCCAAACAUUGAAGAGAAAUAGGCUGCUCCUUGUCUUAAUGGAAUGUUAUUUUAUGAUUUCCUUUUUGAAGAAGAAUUUUAAAGUUUAGUACCAGAGAUCUUUUUGAAACCAAAGCUGAUGUGGCAUCAGUGAAAACCAGAGCAGCUAAGUGUGUCAUAAGUGGUAAUAAUGGUAUUUCACAAAUAUGUCCUUCACCUAGAAGGAGAGAACAGUGCUGGAGACAAACUGACAGAGAAUCUUUCCUGUUAGAAAAGAUGCAGAAGAUGACCAUGUAGCAGAUAGAGAUAAAAGCCUGCUAACAGAUACAGUUUCACAGUAAUACUAUGACACUGAGAUUUUUUUUACAUGUACAUCUUAGCCAUGUAGUAAUGACCACAAAUGGAAUUCUCACCUUUCCAGAAAGCAGCAUUUACAAUGCUUGAAUAUCCUAAAUAAUAACCUUUAGUCACUGCUGAGGGAGUUCUGUUCCAUAUUCAAGCACUAGCAUUCACUUGUCACACAGGCUAGCUGGGUCUUCUAGCUAACGUAAACCACCAGCUCGCUUACUCCCUUUGCUCCAUAAAGUUAUGUCUCCAGGAAUAGGGAAUGCACUUGUUCUCUUAUAGCUAGAAAUAUGAAUUAGCAAAAUAAAUAUAUUCAGUAGAACAGCUGAGGCACACAGUAUACAUUACACUUAUUUUGAAAAUGAAAUCAGAUGCUUAUUUCACUAUUUUAAUCAAUAAAAAUCAACUGGAAAAUUUUCACUAAGUAUGACAUUUUCUGUAGUAUCAUUGCCUAUCUUCUUCUGAGAAUGGCAGCUGGGUUAAAUCAUAGAAUCACCAAGGUUGGAAAAGACCCACAGGAUCAUCCAGUGCAACCAUUUGCCCUUCACCAGUGGUUCUCACUAAACCAUGUCCCACAACACAACAUCCAAAUGCUCUUUAACCACCACCAGGCUUGGUGACUCCACCACCUCUCUGGGCAGCCCAUUCCAGUGCCUGACCACCCUUUCUGAGAAGUAGUAGUAUUUCCUAACGUCCAGCCUGAAUCUUCCCUGGUGCAGCUUGAAGCCAUUCCCUCCAGUCCUAUCACUAGUCACCCCAGAGGAGAGGCCGACCCCCAGCUCACUACAACCUCUUUUCCGGUCAUUAUAGAGAGCAAUAAGGUCUCCCCUGAGCCUCCUCUUCUCUAAACUGAACAAUCCCAGCUCCUUCAGCUGCUCCGCAUAAGGCCUGUGCUCCAGCCUCCUCACCAGCUUUGUUGCCCUCCUCUGGACACAUCUGGACAGGACCUAGAUGUCUUUCUCACAGUGAAGGGCCCAAAACUGGACACAGUACUUGAGGUGCAGCCUCACCAGUACUGAGUACAGGGGAUAAUUACUUCCCUGUUCCUGCUGGCCACACUAUUUCCGAUACAAGCCAGGAUGCCAUUGGCCUUCUUGGCCCCCUGGGCACACUGCUGGCUCAUGUUCAGUCUAGCAUCAAUCAAAACCCCCAGGUCCAUUUCCUCUACACAGUCUUCCAGUCACUCUGCCCCACGCCUGUAGCGUUGCCUGGGGUUAUUGUGGCCAAAGUGCAUGACCCAGCCUUUGGUCUUGUUGAAUCCCAUCCCAUUGGCUUCAGCCAAGCUAUCCAGCCUAUCCAGAUCCCUCUGUAGGGCCUUGCUACCCUCAGGCAGAUCAACACUUCCAGCCAGCUUGGUGUCAUCUGCAAACUUACUGAGGGUACACUCAAUGCCCUCAUCCAGGUCAUCAAUAGAGAUAUUAAAGAGGACAGGCCCCAGCACCGACCCCUGGGGAACACCACUCAUGACCGGUUGCCAGCUGGAUUUAACUCCAUUCACCACCACUCUCUGGGCCCGGCUCUCCAGCCAGUUCCUUACCCAGCCAAGAGUGUAUCUGUCCAAGCCAUGGACUGCCAGCUUCUGCAGGUGAAUACUGUGGGAGACAGUGUCAAAGGCUUUGCUGAAGUCUAGGUAGACUACAUCAACAGCCUUUCCCCUCAUCCACCAGACGGGUCACUAGAUCAUAGAAAGAAAUCAGGUUGAUCAUACAUGUUGUUAUUACCAAGAUAACCCAGCAAAUCUAGUUAUGGCAUUAGAACAGAGAAAUAAUUUAAAUGGAGUAGAGAAAGGCAGAAGUUAAACUGUUCUGAAAGCAGGCGUUUUUCCCACAUACCUCUGUAUAGAGCUUAGGUAAGGAGGCAAGAACAAGAAGUUAUUAUCUCCUACUAAACAAAAUUACCUCCAAGAAGCUCACAGAUUAAAUAUGUAUAUUUAUAUAUUGUGUUUUGGUCUCUUCAAACAAUACAAUAUACCAUGACUUAUAUAACUCUGCACUGGUUCAAGUGCCACAGUCCUAAAGACUUUCAGAAGGGGGGAAAAAAAGGCAAACAAGUCAUUUUUUUAAUUAAAAAAAAGUGGCACAAAACAUGACUUCAUUUUACAUAUGCAAAUUAAUUACUCAGAAACAAACAACUGGUCAACAGGUGGGCUGAAUUUUAGCAAAGCUGCCCCCAGCCUAUUAACCACAAAGGGAAGAGACUCAGCCAGCUGUAAACAUAGUUUUACCACCGACUACAACAAACAGCUUCUCAGAAGUUGGCCUAUAGUUACCAUCUAGUGAUCAACCCUUCUCCUUAGCUUUGAUUUUCUAUUAUUUGUAUACCACCUUGCAUUACUUAAAUACUUAGCUCAGUAAAAACCCAGUUUGACCAGAAGAAAA